AUGGGUAACUACCGUCAACAGUUGGUUGUGUUUGUCGUAGCAUCUGUUGCAUGCCUUGUCAGCGCUCAAUUUCCACGCGUUUGUAUCCAUAAUGUGACAACAGAAAGUGGUGACACUGACAGUGGAAUAUGCUGUCCAGCACCGCCAGAGUCGAACCUGCCAUGCGGUGGUCCACUACACGGCCACUGUGUGAUGAUAGAGGACGUGGCCGAAGACCAUCCCGCGAGUGUUGAGCGUGACGAUCGAUACAGAUGGCCUCUGCAGUUCUUCCACCACCACUGCAAGUGUUCUGGCAACUACGCAGGGUAUGACUGUGCGGAGUGCAAGUUUGGCUACAGCGGUUCACGAUGUCAGCGCAAAACGACGAACGUACGUCGGAAUAUACACGCGAUAUCCAAGCAAGAGCUCACGGACUUCAAACAAGCUCUGCUCAAGGCGAAACGCACACAGAGUGACUAUGUCGUUUUGAAUACGUCUUACCAGGACGCGGGACAUCCGCACUUCAAGGACGUCAGCAACUACGACUACUUCACCUACGUUCACUACUACGCAGCUCGCGAUCCCGUCACACUGCGGGAUGGCAAGGUGCCCGGCGACGUAGGUUACGAACACCCGCUCGACUACGCCCACGAGGGUCCGUCCUUCAUACCCUGGCACAGGAAGUUUAUGCUGGGCUUUGAACGCAUGCUGCAGAAGGUGGCAGGCAAGCCACAGCUCACUGUCCCUUACUGGGACUGGACGGGCGACGGCCGGGAGUGCACCGUCUGUACCAACGAGUACUUGGGGGCGAACGAGAACGAUGGCUCCAUCAGCAAGGGUUCUGAGUUUUCGGAUUGGGCGACAAUAUGCGCCAACUAUUCGACCACGCUGCGGCCGGCGGGAAAAAUCUGCGACGUCGAAGUGAACUCAGGCGGUCUGCGGAGGUUGCCGAGCCAGCAGCCGGGAUUGCGGUUUCUGCCGACCUACGACGAGACAGCGUUCUGCUACCAGCUUCACGUCUAUGAUGUCGCUCCCUACGACGCGACGUCGCACCUGCCCAGCUAUCGCAACUACUUGGAGGGCUUCCUGAACAUGAAGGACAAGCUACUCUCGGUGAAGAGUGCCAGCAUGCACGCCAAGGUGCAUAUUUACUUCACGGUCGUGAUGAAUGAGGUUCCUGUGUCCGCCAACGACCCCAUCUUCUUCGUCCACCACUCCAAUGUUGACAGGCUGCACGAGGCGUGGCUGCGCAAGAUCGGCUCCAUGGCCGAGUACCCGGAGAAAGGUGCAAAUGUUGGGCACAACAAGGGUAGUUACAUCGUACCUAAUUUCCCCCUGGAGACCAACGGUGAUUACUUGAGCACUUCGUGGAAUUUGGGGUAUACCUACGACAGCAUGGCCAUCAGUCCAGACCUCGAAUCAAAAGCCAAAGCCAAAAACGACCGUAGCAACAACGAAGCCGCCAGCAGCAACGCUGCCAACCCAGGGGGCGCCGCCAGCAGCGGCGCAGCCAACCCAGGGGGCGCCGCCAGCAGUGACGCGGCCAACCCAGGUGGCGCCGUCAUCGGCGCGGCCCAGCCGAAAAGCGUCGCCGUCGAGUCGGGCCCGCUGCUGCUGCAGGCGGUCGAGGCGUCGUCGUCGUCGGCAGGUGGCGCCGGUAAGACGGCCGUCGUGACGUUGUGCACGAUCGCGAUGCUGUCAUUCGUCGCGCUCAUGGUCGUGAUGGCGCGGCGGGUGCGCGCCGGCGACGCUCGCAUGAAGCUCUACACCGGAUACCAGCCGAUUGACAUCGACUCCAGCUACCGCGCCUAGACCCUCGCACUCAGAAAUCACGGUAGACUCAGGAAUCACGUGAAGUUUUACAUGUACGUACUGGCUUUUCUGAUGGCAACACGAACUCGUAUAGUAGCAUUCAUUGCCUUUUUAUAGCAAUUUUUCUGAUAUGGCCGAUUACUUAACCUUUUCGAGUGUAUGAGUUUGAGUUAAGUCUCAGGCUUUUGAUGCAUAAUUAUGAAAAACAAGCGAAAGUGCGCGUGUCCGAAGAGUAAGAAUUGUGUUCAUGUGAAUUUUGUGAGCGUGGUGGUGACAAGCUAGCAAUGGUGAGCCAAUAUCAUGGUUGGAGAAUCGCUGUAUUGAAAAUAGUUGGAAAUACCCGCACUAGGAAGAGGAUACUUUACUAGUCUUUCAAAUGACAAAGUGUUUUAUGCAUUUUGAAUGCAGUAUUUUUCUUCCUAAGACCAAUUAAUUGUUAAUGUGAUAUAUAAGGUUUAAGAUUAGAUAAAUGUAAAAAUUUAGUUUUGAUAGUUUGAUGAUUGAAGUUGGUCUAAAACUUAGGUUUUGUAUGAAGUGAUUUAUCUUUUGUGAUUGUUAUUGAAGUAGAUAUCGAUAUAUAUAUAUACACAUAUAAGUACAUAUAUAUAUAUAUAUAUAAUUUUAUAUAAUCAAAUCCUCAUAGAUUAUCUUUAUUGAUCCUCACAUAAGUUAUGUGACCUAGGGGAAGUUGAAUAACGAGUAGGGGCCAAAUUUUUAAAUGUAUGUUAGGGACUAUAUAAUUUAUCAAAUUUCUUAAUGAUAUGCAAGCGCUAUAUAUGAGUGAAAGAGAAAAAGUAUAUUUCCGUAUGAUUGUGUUGAUUGUACGUGUGCUACGAUCUAUCUGACUUUCGAUUUAUACUGCAUAAAUGAGGUCCGUUCUGUGAUUAACAUAUAAUAUAGUAUUUUUUCAAGAUCGCAACUAUCCAGAACGUCGGAAGAUUUUUUUCUUAAGCUGACAUUGAUCCUGUGAACUAUCUAUAUAAUAUAUACGAUAUGUGUAUAGAGACGAGUUCAUGAUAAUAUCAGUUAGGGUUGCUUGUGUUGUGUUGAAGCUUCACCUGUGAGCUCAAAGUUGGAAUACUUACGUGUAUGUGAUGAUUUUGUAAAAAAUUGUGCUGUUUGAUUGUGGAGAUUGGGGUCGUCUAUAAUAGAAUGCAGACGGUUAAUCAUUGA